AUGGGAUCUGAUCAAGAAGGUAUCAGAUUGAGAAAGCAAGGUUUGAGGCCCAUUGAAACUAAAUUUCGAAAUGGAUCGUCAUCGUCGGGAUCGGAAGAUAUCAAGGAAGAAGAAGAGCCACUGAGUCCGGCGGGGCGUUUGUUCCAUGAACCAAAUUUCAACGUCAAUGUAUUAGCAAUCAUGGGCUGCAAAACCAGGAUUGAUCCGGAUGUUGCCCUGGCCAAUGCAAAGGCCAACCUUCCACAUACUUUGCUAAAGCACCCCCGCUUCUCUAGCGUUCCGAUUGUGGAUGAAAAAGAAGGUGACGGAAAGAUAAUGAAAUGGGUCAGAACAGAAGUGGAUUUGAACAAGCACAUUAUAACUCCGGAAAUAGACCUAGCUAAUUACAAGGACUGCCCAGAUAAAUUUUUGGAAGACUACAUCUACAAUCUCACCAAGACAAGCCUUGACAAGUCAAGGCCUCUUUGGGACCUCCAUAUCCUCAACGUCAAAACAUCUCAAGCUGAGGGCGUGGGGAUAUUCCGGGUUCACCAUUCUCUCGGUGACGGCAUAUCUCUCAUGUCGCUUUUACUCGCUUGUACUCGCCAAACCUCUAACCCUGAGGCUUUGCCAACAAUUCCGACUGCGAAAAUUAGCAAAGAUGAGAAGAAGGGUGGUUUUGUCAGCAUGUUUUUGCUCGGCUUGUUUGGGCUAUGGUGGAUUUUCAAGUUGCUUUGGAAUAGUGUCGUUGAUGUUUUCAUGUUUAUGGCGACGGCAUUUCUCUUGAUAAAAGAUACCAAGACGCCUAUUAAAGGUCCUCCCGGUAGUGGGAAUAACCCUAAGCGAAUUGUUUUCAAGAUUGUUAGUUUGGAUGAUAUGAAGAUGGUUAAGGAUGCGAUGAACACGACCAUAAAUGAUGUUGCAUUGGGAGUCACACAAGCUGGUUUAUCUAAAUAUCUCAAUAGAAGAUAUGGCCUCGAGAACAAAAAAGAUGAGGGAGGGGCGGAGAAGAAAAAUAAUCUUCCAAAAAAUAUUCGUCUGAGAUCAAUUUUUUUCAUUAAUAUAAGACCAUCAGCGGGAAUUCAGGCAUUAGCUGAUAUGAUGAAGAAAAAUACAAAGGCAAAGUGGGGGAAUUUGUUUGGUUAUGUCCUCUUUCGCUUCACCAUUGAUUUAAAGGAUGACCCGUUAGAUUAUGUUCGGGAAGCCAAAGCUACCAUUGAUCGAAAGAAGCAUUCUCUUGAAGCACUCUUCAGUUUGUUCAUUGCCGGAUUAAUUUUCAAACUUUUUGGCGUCAAGACAGCAAGUUCUUUUUUUGAAAGACUUUUCACGGGCACAACAAUGGCCUUCUCCAAUGUAGUUGGACCACUUGAGGAAAUUGGUUUCUACGGCCAUCCAAUGGCUUACCUCACUGCAACUACCUAUGGCCAAGCAAGUGAAUUAUUGGUUUGCCUUCAAAGUUACAUGAACAAUAUGAGUAUAAGUCUCUCGGUGGAUGAAAACACUAUUCCUGAUCCUCAUCAAUUAAUGGACGAUAUUGUUGAAUCGCUCAAGCUUAUUAAGGACAAUGUCAUAAAGAAAGGGCUUAUCAAAUAAGAAAGAUACAAGCUGCCCGCCGUACAUCACUGCUGGAUCGAACUUACAAGUUAUACGAACAUGGUCCCAAAACUAUAUCGGCAAUCUCUCUCCUUUCUUCUAAAGGUUCAUCCAUUUCUGCUGAGAUGUGGAAUCUAGCCAACUACUUUCGUUGUUCAGAAUUUAAUGGAUAAUAAUAAUCAGCUACAUCUUUAUUCAUUUUUUUUAAAAUUAUUUUGUUAGAAAAUUGGAGGGAUAUUCAGUAAAAAAAAAAAAAAGAAUUAAUUUGGAAAUAUUCAGUAAAAUGGUAAAGUAACACAAUGGGAAUUACUAAAAUGUUUUAUGCUGAAAAUCUCGCUCGAUAGGUGUACUGGUGUCAUGAACUCGGACACAUUUUUCCAAUAUAAUCUGGUGUAUGCAAAAUGAUUGGAAAUUAAAUUUA